AGUUCCACGUCAGUAAUGAAGAGUCUGCUUUUACUUCUCCUUUUCUCAGGAUCUGUUCUCAUUGUCCUGCCAAUCCGUCUGAAAUACUAUCUGAUCCCGGAGGGGAGAAAUUGGGUUGAUGCUCAGGCCUACUGCAAGGCCACAAACACUGACCUGGCUAUUAUUAAAAGUAAUGAGAAUAUGAAUAAACUUCUGUGGGACUCUCAGAAAGAUCAUCUCACAUUCAGUGCUUGGAUUGGUCUCUACAUUAACACCAGCAGCUGGCGCUGGUCGUUUAGAAACAAAUCACUGGGAAGCCCGAGGAUGUGGUCGAGCGGAGAGCCGAACAACGUCGGUGGACGUCAAGAGUGUGGAGCGAUAUAUUCCGGUGGCUGGACUGAUAAAGACUGUAGCAGCAAAAAUUCUUUUGUGUGCUUUGAUGACACUAAAUCUGGCCCUGAGAGAUACAUUAAUAUCUCUGAUGGGAUGUCAUGGCAUGAAGCUCAGAGUUACUGUAGACAGUAUUAUACAGACCUGACCAACACAUUAGAUCAAACAGAAUACUCAACUGUAAAGCGAUUUUACAACUUGGCUUGGAUUGGUCUGUUUAGAGACAGCUGGAUGUGGGUAGAUAAAACCACGUUCUCUACCCUCAGCUGGAUAGAUAAACAACCUGACAACCGGCUGAAUAAUGAAAACUGUGGAUUUUUAAAUAACAGUCAGGUUGGUGAUGCACUGUGCUCAGACGUAAUGCCUUUCUUCUGCUACAGAGAAAUCACAGGAAAAAAGCAAAUUAUAAGGCUGAAGAUAAAAUCCACUGACAAUAUGAAGGGUCCUGAUGUAAAGGUGGCCAUCUUAGACCAGAUCAAACAGAAGCUGAGGGAUCAUGGGGUGGCAGAGAACAUCACUGUGAAAUGGAUCGAGCAACCAGAUGGAGUGGUGUUUCAUAAGGAGAAAAUAACUUAUACGCUAUAGAAAAUGUGACCUGGGAAGUCAGGAGAAAAGUGUUACACUGAGAACAUGUGUAAGCUCCUCCUAGAUGCAGAAGAGGUCAAAUAUACAGUUAGAGAUUGUGGUUAUAUGAAAUGUAUAAUUAUAAUAGGAAACCAUUUAGAGCUUCAUGAACAGGACACUGUGGUUACUCUUAAAAUAAACAGGUAGAAUCAUGUGAUGAAUGUAGAGUAACUCUGACUUUCAGUUCCUUACUACUGCAUUGUAAAA